AUGGCUCUACGCUUUAAGACGGGGUGGAGAAGAUUCGUGCCCUUCAUAGGCUACCAUCAUGUUCUCAUGAUCUUUAUAGCCAUUGCAAUCAUCCUAUUAUCCCUCCUGCUCGCAGGCUGCUCAUCAACCUCUCCACUCAUCCCCGACAUCUACCUCAUCUCGUUAUACUACCAAAAAUACCCUCCCGUUUUCAGCAGCGUACAAGUCGACCCGUCGGUCACAACGGCAAUAGCGAACAUUGUGGGCAAUGCCGACCUGAACGUCCGCGUGGGAUAUUUCGGCAUCUGCAUCCGCGUCGACGGAGGAGCGUGGAUGUGUAAUCAAAAUUCCACCGCCCUGGCCGACUUGGUGUCCAUCGAUCAGGACCCGUUGAAUCUGAUAUGGGUCGCCAGCACGUUCAAGAACGCCAUCGUGUUUCCAUACCUCUUAAUCAUCGCCAUCGUGCUGGCCUUCCUCACGUUUUUGCUCCUGGCGACGUUCCCCGGCUGGCAUACGUCGACGGGACCCGAUGGCUCCGAGCACGAAGUCCGACCGUUCCCGUCGAGAGCGGUGUCACAGGUGGCGCUGGCCACAAUUUUCAUUUCGUCGGUGUUUGUGCUGGUCUCUGUGAUGUGGCAACACACCGCGGCCGUGGCGGCAAGCACCGUCGCGCAGGACUUGGGCAAUGGGAGUGUCAAGUCCGGGGUAGGAACCUCAGCCAUGGUGCUAGGUUGGUUCGGCUUUGGAUUACUCGUCGUGGUCACGCUUGGACUGCUUGUCAUGAUCCUGAGUAUCCAAUUGCUGGACCGUCUGACGGAUGAGGACUAA